AAAAAUACAAUGAAGUGAAAGCAUUAACUAUUGAGCUGCCUCGCCUUGCAGAAUAUCCUGGACCGGGUUUAUUAUUGUUUAAAACGUCCAACUUAUCGCUAGAUCGACUGACUAUUUCUAAAUUCUUUCGACACCCUAAAUUUUCAAUCUUUUCAUUUUUUUGUUCAAUUUCCGUCCAGGAGAAGUGUAUUUGUCAAGAGAUCCCUGAAUUAUGUGUUUCAUAUCAAAUGUAGUUUAUUGUUUAUAGAGGAUAGUAUGAGGUUCAUAGUUUACUGAACUGCUUGACGAGAUGAGUUACGCUACCAGCAAACCCUUCUUGUCAACCUACCCUCCCAUUUCAUCAUCUGGAAGUGCUUCUCCAGCAAAAAAGCCGAGAAUUCCAGUUUCACUGAGGUUGAAUAAGUUGUCAACAAUUUACUUAACUGCAAGGCUUCCUAAGUUGUCUCUUAAUGUCAUGGCUAGUACUUCUACUUCCAAACAAUCUGGACCUGUCUGCUUGUUUGGGGGCAAGACAAAGCCUGGCAACAGAGAUGAGGGUAUUCCGAAGGAAGUGGUUGGGAAUUUCAUGGGAAGUUUGAAGGAGCAGUCGAUUGAGGAUGUGUUAAGGCAGCAGAUUAAGAAACAAGAGUUUUAUGAUGAUGGGGGUAAAAAUGGUAAAGAUGGUUCUGGUGGAUCAGAAGGUGAAAACAGUUCAGAGAUGUUUGAUGAAAUAUUGCAAGCUGUCUUGGCUACUCUGGGCUUCAUAUUUUUGUACAUAUAUAUCCUCGAAGGUGAAGAUAUCAACCGCUACACGAAAGAUAUUAUUAAGGUCAUGUUUGGAGGGAAGAAAAGUCUUCGGUUACAGCGGCUCGGGGAGAAGUGGAAACGAACCUUGAUGAAGAUGUCAGAGAAGAAGAAAGUGAACCCGUACUGGUUAGAAUGUGCAAUCAUGAAAACCCAAACUUGGUAUGACAGCCCUGCAAUAUAUAAGAAACUCUAUAAUGACAUAACAGGCGCGUCUUCAAGAAAAUCUAAAGCCAAGAAAGUUAGGAAUGAGUUUGAUGGAGAGGAUUUUGACGAUGAAGAAGAUGAAGAUGCCAAUGAUGAUUAUUAUUAUUGAUGAUUCAUUGAUUGGUUAUGUUAAUGUGGGUUGGAUAACACUUUGGAUCAUGAUUUUUGAAUAAAAUUACUCUCUUAUUAACUAACCAUUUUUAAGCAUUC